AGUAAUCACUUGACUAUCGACGAAGAAAAUAGCAUUUCGGAGAUAUAUCCACUUUAACGAGUAAAACAUUGGUUGAUCACAGUUUUUGCAUCGAUGUACAAAACAAUUUUUGAUCAAGAUGAAAAGCUAUGGAAAGGAUACGAUAUACCACCACUGUACAACCCAAAAAUAUCCAUUGCCCAAGUCUUAUUAAAUGCAAUGAAGAUCAAUGGACCGAAAGUUGCGCAAAUCAGUGACGACUCUAGCGUGGAAAUGACAUACGACGACAUUCGAUUGAAAACCAUUAGAGCCGCACAAAAUCUACAAAAACGAGGAUACAAAGCGAAUGGAGUCUAUUCAUUCAUAGUCGCCAAUACUGAUAAUACUGCACCGAUACUGUUCGCAACAUUUUGCAAUGGUUGUGCUGUGAACGGUUUGGAUCCGUCGUUCAAAAAAGUCGAACUGAUUCAUAUGUUAGGAAUGGUAAAACCUGAUCUGGUCAUUUGUGACAUUGAUGUCUAUGAACGUGUAAGUGAAUGUUUGAAGGAAUUGCAAAACCAUGCAAAAAUCUUUACACUUGGUGGAUGUACGGACGGCUCUGAACCGGUCGAACUUUUAUUCAAUGAGACGAAGAUCGAGGACUCGUUCAUACCAACGGCUGUCGAUGGUGUCAAUGAUAUUGCGCUGAUUACUUGUUCGUCUGGAACUACUGGAAUGUGUAAAAGUGUAAGUCUAUCACAUGCAGCCUUAAUAAAUACAAUCCUUGACUAUCCAAUGAUUGGUCUCAGCGACACAAUCCUUUGCUUUAGCACAAUUUACUGGCUUAGUGCAUGGUUCUUUCUUCUAACCGGUACUUUUCGUGGCUCAACCAGAAUAAUUACAAGGAAACCGUUCUCGUCAAAAUUAGAAUUCAAUUUAAUUGAACGGUUUAAAAUCAACGCUAUUCUCAACACACCACAUCAAGUGUCCAUGCUACUCAAAAGCAAUGAAAUCAAUCAGGCCGAUCUAUCCACGAUAAAAAUACUCAUUGUUAGCGGAUCUAAAUUUCACCUCGAUACGAAAAUCAAGAUCCUUAACUAUCUGCCCAAUGCAACGAUAUGCAACGGAUAUGGAAUGUCCGAAGUGGCUGGAUAUAUAAGUUGCGAUUUUUGUGGCGACUUAACGAAAGACACGGUUGGACAAAUUCUGAACGGAAGCCAGAUAAAAAUCAUCGACGAAAAUGGAUCCCGUUGUGAUGUUGAAGUUGACGGGGAAAUAUGUAUCAAGCCAAAGUAUAAAUUUCUCGGCUAUUACGGUAGCCCAAACGCUACGAACGAACUGUUUGACGCUGAAGGAUUCGUGAAAAGUGGCGAUAUCGGUCAUUUCGAUAACGAAGGAAAUAUGUAUGUGGUCGAUCGCACGAAAGACUUGUUAAAAUAUUGCAUGUUUCCUAUUGCACCGUCGGAAAUCGAAGAAUUUUUGAUUGAAUUGCCGUCUAUUUCGGAAGCGUGUAUCGUUGGGAUACCCGAUGAUUUCGCAAACGAUUUACCAGCCGCUCUUAUUGUACGAAACAAGAAUGUGCAUAUUACCGAGGAUGAAGUGUACCAACUGGUGGCUGAUAAUUUGGCUGAUUCUCGAAAACUUCGCGGCGGUGUCUAUUUCGUAGAUUCAUUGCCAACAACACCUUCGGGGAAGGUGAAACGCAGAAUUGCUAAAGCCUAUGCUAUUGAAUUGUUCAACAAGAAUCAAGCACAGACAACGGAAUGACCGAGAAAUCGAUGAAAAUUGAAAAUUAAAUUUGUUCCAUGAAUUAUUGAGAUUUGAAUACC